AUGACCACACCGGACAAAGCAAAGUCAACCCAGGCUCGUCUUCAGAACGACUUCGGAGCUGAUUAUUGGGUUCGAACCCAACAAGAACAUAGGCACGCUACAGCAGGCCGAGGCCUCUUCGCUGGUCUGCAGGACGUGAAGCACUACAAUGUGGAUCAAGGAUGGGCGCGACGAAAGUCUGGGGACGCACAGACAGGCUUUUUUGGAUCAAUCAUAAGCCGAUUCAUCGGUGGAUCUUACAGCCCGCCUACGGAUUGA